AUGUCUUUUCCACCUCGGCCGCCGAUGGUACCAUAUGGAAUUGCCCCAGGGGUAGUUACAAUGCAGAUGCCUACACAUGUGAUGGUGGGGGCGUACGGCAGCGGGACAGUGGCGGGUCGCGGCGCCCUGCUGCCUGCUCCGGCGGCGGGCGCGGCAGGCGCCAAAGCCGGUCGCGGGGCUCGUGCGCACAACGGGCAGAGCGAAGGGCCGCCCGUCACGGUAUUCAUCGGCAACAUCUCUUCGCGGGCGCCCGACGCGAUGAUGCGCGCCUUGCUGAGUGCGUGUGGCGCCGUCUGCAGCUGGAAGCGCGUGAGCACGUUUGGAUUCUGCGAGUUCGCGGGCCCUGCGGCUGCGCUGCGCUGCGUUAGGCUGCUGCACGAUCGGCCUCUCGCCGAGCGCGCGCUUCUCGCCCGCGUGGACGGCAAGAUGCAGGCGCUCGUCGACACGUACAAGACGGAGCAGCGCUCGCGCCUCGUCGAGGGCGGUGCGGAGGGCGGCGCCGACGAGUACCUCGACGCCAAGCAGCGCGGCCUGGACGAUGCGGUCGAGAGGAAGAUCGCGCAGAUCUAUCGAGACUACCAAGAGGAGAUUAACAACUACGAGAUCCUGCAGAAAGAGGAGCAGAUCUCGAAGACGGCGCGCGUGCUCGAGGAGGCGGACAUCUCGGAAGAGAAGCGGGACGUCAUCCACCGGGAGAUCGGCAAGUUCCGCGAGAGCAUGAAGGAGGAGGCCGACGUCGUGGUGCGGCGCAAGAGGGACAAGGACGACAAGCCCGAAAAGGACAAGGAGAGGGACCGCGACAAAGACAGGGAUAGAGACCGGGAUCGAGAGCGCGACAGGGACAGGGAGCGGGAGCGGGAGCGAGAGCGAGAGCGAGAUCGCGAGCGGGACAAAGAUAGGGAGAGGGACCGGGACCGCGACAAGGACAGGCGGAAGAGGAGCGUUUCCAGAGGUAAGGAACGGGACCGAGAACGGGAGGAGCGAGAGAGAGAGCGCGAGCGCGAGCGAGAGAGGGAAAGAGAACGAGAAAGGGAGAGAGAAAGGUACUUGUCACCGAAGCUUUUACGGUGUCUCACGAACUUGCUCAUUCUCAUUCAUUUCGCUGGAUUUUCUCGAUCCCGAAGCAAAGGCGAAAGUGUCCGCGAGAGGUUCGCGAGCGUGAAAGAGAGCGGGAACAGAGGGAAAGAGAGAGAGAACGCGAGCGAGAAAGAGAACGGUGAGACAAUUGUACUAAAUUAUUAA